UGACCUGCCCAGUCGUUGCCUUUCACAAGCAGGAGGAGGCAGAAGCAUCUGAACAAGCAGCGACGGUGGAGCAAAAAUAAAGAAGAGCCUGUCUAACUGGUGUCAGUCCACGUUGUGGAAGUGCAAGCCGGGCUGUCUUGAAGCUCCUAACCGGCUUGUCCUCACCGUCCUCGGCCUUCACCCCGGGGACACCGCGACCCUACACAUUUCUUUUGAGGUCCUGUAGUGAAGCUGCGAACAGAGAGUUCUCGGUGGACAGCUGCUGUCGGGACUAUGAGGCUCCACCAGCUGCUGCUGAUUACCAGGUGUCUGGUUCUAAUGUCGCCGCUGCUCGGCUCCUGUCUCCCGGUGCAGCCCUCAGCAGAGCCCCGGCUGUUGUUCCUGGAGCGAUUCAGCCGCCCGGGUGUCGGCUUUAACUGGAGAAAUGUCUCAUGCCCUCUCUGCAAAGCUGUCUUCACCAUUGUCGAUAUCGCCCUGCUGAGUGACGCAAAUGAAGAGCGAGUGGCACGUGCAGUCGGCGAGGCUUGUAUCCGUCUCCAUCUGGCUGACGAGCAGGUGUGUCGACAAAUCACGGAGCUGUUCAGGGAUGACUUCCUAUGGGCCCUGGAGCAGUCGCUGCUGUGGCCCACCGAAGCGUGCGCCCUCUUGUUGGGCCCUUCCUGUGGCAAGUUUGACAUGUAUGCACCGUGGAACAUCACUUUGCCAAAGAUACCGAAGCCUCCUGUUACACCGCCUUCGCCUCCAAAGCCCGGCUCUCCACAGAGCAGGGUCCUGUUUCUCACCGACAUCCACUGGGACAAGGAGUAUGAAGUCGGUAGCGUUGCAGACUGCAAGGACCCUCUGUGUUGUCGUAACGACUCUGGCUCACCCAGCUGGAGACGAAGGGAGGCCGGGUACUGGGGAACCUACAGUAAGUGCGACCUGCCUCUACGGACGGUGGAGAACCUGCUGGAAAAUGUUGCCAGAGCCGGACCUUGGGACUGGGUCUACUGGACUGGAGACAUACCGGCACACAACGUUUGGUCUCAAACCAGGAAGCAACAAUUGUCUGAGCUUACAGUCAUAUCCAGGCUCAUUCACAAACACCUGGGGCCUAAUGUGACAGUUUACCCAGCUGUAGGAAACCAUGAGAGUGCACCAGUGAACAGCUUCCCACCUCCUUUUGUGCAUGGCAACAGAUCCAGUGGUUGGCUUUAUGAUGCGAUGGCAGAGGAAUGGGCACCAUGGUUGCCACAGCAGGCUUUAAAGACUCUGAGAUACGGGGGAUUCUACACAGCGGAACUUCAGCCAGGUCUGAGGUUGGUCUCACUCAACAUGAACUUCUGUGCACGAGAAAACUUCUGGCUCAUGGUGAACUCCACUGAUCCUGCUAACCAGCUGCAGUGGUUAGUUCACAUUCUCCAGGCCAGUGAGGACAAAGGGGAAAAGGUCCAUAUCAUUGGUCACAUCCCACCUGGCCUGUGUCUUGGGAGCUGGAGCUGGAACUACUAUCACGUUGUCAACAGAUAUGAAAGUACAAUUACCGGACAGUUUUUUGGCCAUACACACCUGGAUGAGUUCCAGAUGUUUUAUGAUGAAGAAACCAUGACUCGUCCAUUGGGCGUGGCAUUCGUUGCCCCCAGCGUCACCACCUACGUUAAUCUUAACCCAGGGUACCGUGUCUACUAUGUUGAUGGGAAUUACAAAGGCAGUUCUCGGCUGGUGCUUGACCAUGAAACUUACAUCCUCAACCUCACCGAGGCAAACCACAGUCCAGAGGCACCUCGUAGCCCUGUACAGAACCCUAAAUGGACACUUCUCUACCGUGCCACCGAGGCUUACGGACUGUCCAGUCUAUUCCCUUCUGAAUGCAACGAACUGAUGCGGACCUUUAUCAGUGACGACCGCAUUUUUCAGAAGUUCUGGUAUUUAAGACAUAAAGGACACGUGUCAGAAGCCUGCAAGGAGACCUGCAAAACCACCAUACUCUGCUUUCUUAGAAGUGGCCGCUAUGACGAUCUGGAACAAUGCGACCACCUGAAUGGUUUUGGAGGAAACUUGGCCCGGGCAGCCAGAACAACCGUUUGUUGAUCUGAGGAAGCAGUGACUAUAAUCAGACCAAAUGUGACUUUGAACCAAAUAAAUUGUCUUCUCUGUUGCAAGUUGGUCAACAAGAUUUGUUGUAUACAAUCAGGUCCAUUAAUUUUUGGACAAUGACACGAUCUUUGUAAUUUAGCCUCUGUGCACCACCGCAGUGGACUUGAAAUGAAACUUCAAAUGUAUGUUUGCCACAAAUAUACUUGAGCUUUUACGCAGUACACUGGCAGGUUAUGUAUGCAACUUCAGUCGGAAGAGUUUUCAGUUAUGCCUUAAAACGUGUAACGUUCUCACAUUACACGAACUGUGUUUGGCAACAGGCCUUGGAUUUGUCAGCUGCUGUUUUGCAAUGCCACUUGUGCAAAGGACUGCUUGAAACUGUCCUGAAAGAUGCUCUGUUUACUUGAAAUGCACAGAACAGUAGGCGUAGUGUGGACUGCUUAAAGUUGGCAUGAUUUUGACAGUCCUAUUAAAUGGAUGGCUUUUUAUCAGGGAACAAGUAGACGUAUCAAUCCCUAACGGCUAUCCUGCAACUUCUACAGCUACUUUAACGACCUUCUACAGAACAGUUUGCAUCUAAUGUCACCUUUAAUGUGAUGUGAGAAUUAUGAUGGCCACCAAAAAACCCUGAAGCCAGACUCAGUGCUCUUAUAUAAAUUGUUACACAAUUGUUUAAGAAUGAACUGUUUUACAAUGCAAAGCUAACAAUUGGAUUUAAAUGUAUAGUGAUUCAGCUGGCCACUUUAUCAAGUUUGUGAUAAAGUCCUUUGUCAGCACCAUUGUGGUGAUUUAGGUCAAUGCUUUGUGCAUCUACCUUCAUGCACAGCAUUAUCUGCCUCAGCAAAGAAGUCUGGAAGCCUAUCGUGAAGCAGUAUUUCUGUUAGGUUUACUUCUGUCUGCACUUUAAUUCUUUAUUUCUGGGUUUAAUAGACUCAAAAUGUGAAAGACGUGGUCUAUCAUGGUGUAAUAUAAGCAUGACAAGUAAUGCAACUUGUAAAAUGAGCAAUAAUUUAAGAGAUUGUAUAAAUAAAAGACGAGAUCUGA